UCCUGGGCCCGCCUCUGCGCCCGCCGGCCGGCGUUGCCUCUUUAGCCCGUUUAGCCUUAGAUCUCAGAGGAGUGCCAGCUGUUGCGAGCCGGAGAUACCCGACAGGUGCGCGCCUCGGUCACAGCCCAACCUCCAGCAUGGAGUUUGUGAAGUGCUUGGGGCAUCCGGAGGAGUUCUACAACCUGCUUCGCUUCCGGAUAGGAGGCAAGUGGAAGGUGAUAAAGAAGGACCAGGACUCGCUCAGCAGCAGCCUGAAAACUUGCUACCAGUAUCUAAAUCAGACCAGUCGCAGUUUCGCAGCUGUUAUCCAGGCCCUAGACACCGAAAUUCGUCACGCAGUAUGCAUAUUUUAUCUGGUUCUCCGAGCUCUGGACACUCUGGAAGAUGACAUGACCAUCAGCAUGGAAAAAAAGGUCCCGCUGUUACACAACUUCCACUUACCAACCUGACUGGAGGUUCACGGAGAGCAAGGAGAAGGAUCGGCAAGUGCUGGAGGACUUUCCAACGAUUUCCCUCGAGUUUAGAAAUCUGGCUGAGAAAUAUCAAAUAGUGAUUGCUGACAUUUGUCGGAAAAUGGGAAUGGGGAUGGCAGAGUUUUUGAAUAAGCAUGUGACAUCUGAACGAGAGUGGGACAAGUACUGCCACUAUGUUGCUGGACUGGUGGGAAUUGGCCUAUCCCAUCUGUUUUCGGCCUCAGAGUUUGAAGACCCCUUAGUUGGUGAAGACGUAGAGCUAGCCAAUUCUAUGGGCCUGUUUCUGCAGAAAACGAACAUCAUUCGUGAUUAUCUGGAAGACCAGCGAGAAGGAAGACAGUUUUGGCCUCAAGAGGUUUGGAGCCGGUAUGUUAAGAAGCUGGAGGACUUUGCUAAGCCGGAGAACAUCGACUUAGCUGUGCAGUGUCUGAAUGAACUGGUAACCAACGCCCUGCACCACAUCCCAGAUGUCCUCACCUACCUUUCGAGACUCAGAAACCAGAGUGUGUUUAACUUCUGUGCUAUCCCACAGGUAAUGGCUAUCGCUACUUUGGCUGCCUGUUAUAAUAAUCAACAGGUGUUCAAAGGGGUGGUGAAGAUUCGGAAAGGGCAAGCAGUCACCCUAAUGAUGGAUGCUACCAAUAUGCCAGCAGUCAAAGCUAUCAUAUACCAGUACAUAGAAGAGAUUUAUCAUAGAAUCCCCAACUCAGACCCAUCUUCUAGUAAAACAAGGCAGAUCAUCUCCACUAUCAGGGCACAGAAUCUUCCCACUUGCCAGCUGAUCUCUCGAAGCCACUACUCCCCCAUUUACCUGUCAUUUGUCAUGCUCUUGGCUGCUCUGAGCUGGCAGUAUCUGAGCACCCUGUCCCAGGUCACAGAAGACUUUGUUCAAACUGGAGAACACUGAUUUGGAAUUUACCCAGAAGCUAAAGUUCACCAUGAAAUGGACUUACCUUUUCUUCAAGGAUGGAUGUUGGCUUCUCUUUAUUUUUUCUCUCCUAUCCUAAUCCUUCAAUGAACUCUGUGAUCCGGACCUUUAGAAACUGAAAUGCAAUUGAGAAUAUAACAACGAAAGGAUACCUCACCCUCAGUACCAGGUACCAGGGGCAGUGCCACCUCCGCUUUCACUGAGAGCAGAGCAUCCUGAGCUGCAGUUCAGGUGAGACGGCGGCACGUGGGACUGUCGUCGGAUCUUAGUGUGAAUCCUGGCUGGAAUUAUAAUUCAAUGUAUUUCAUUUGAAGCAACCUUUGAAUACUUAUCAUCGUAGAAAAUGAAGAGAAUCUUCUUUUCAUCUGCUUCUAAUUUUUCCUAUCAUUUUGUUUUCUUUAAUUGGCUUAAAUGAGGUAGAUAUGGAUGUUUAUUGUCCUAUUAAUAUUUCCGUAUUUCCUAAGAAUACAGACGUGUCUUCAGCACAUGAAGUCUGGGAAUAAAAUUCUGGGUGUUCUGGUACUAUUUUCUUAUUUAAAGGAAGUUUGGUCUUUCAGGCAGAAAUAGCAGAAUUGCAUUGGCUUCCAUUUUAGAAGAUCGACCCUCAGGAAAGGCUGACAUUUUUUUCAUUGUUAUAAUAAAGGAUUUACUUACUCUGCA